AUGACGGGCAGUAACACUGAGGUUGAAACCGACAUUCUUACAUUAACAGCCUUUAUUAUCAAGGAACAACAAAAGGUUGGUGCUAAUGCCACAGGUGAAUUGACUCUUUUGUUGACAGCAUUGCAAUUUGCAUUCAAGUUUAUUGCGCACAACAUCCGUAGAGCCGAGUUGGUUAAUUUGAUUGGUCUUUCUGGUACUGCCAAUACCACCGGUGAUCAACAAAAGAAAUUGGAUGUUAUUGGUGACGAAAUCUUCAUCAACGCCAUGAAGGCUCUGGGAAAAGUUAAAGUUUUGGUCAGUGAGGAACAAGAAGAUUUGAUCAUGUUUGAAGGUGGCGGUCGUUACGCUGUUUGUACUGACCCCAUUGAUGGUUCUUCUAACAUUGAUGCUGGUGUCUCUGUUGGUACCAUCUUUGGUAUUUACAGAUUGAGAGAUGAUUCUAAAGGGUCCAUCAAUGACGUUUUGAGAAAGGGUACCGAAAUGGUUGCUGCUGGUUACACCAUGUACGGUGCUUCUGCUCAUUUGAUGUUGACUACUGGUAACGGAGUUAAUGGAUUCACUUUGGAUACUGAGUUAGGUGAGUUCAUUUUGGUUUCUCCUAACUUGAGAAUCCCUGACGUUCGUGCCAUCUACUCUGUCAAUGAAGGUAACUCCUACUACUGGCCUGAACACGUUCAAAAGUAUAUUGAAGAUUUGAAGAAGCCUCAAGCUAACGGUAAACCUUAUUCGGCAAGAUACAUUGGUUCUAUGGUGGCUGAUAUCCAUAGAACUUUGCUUUACGGUGGGAUCUUUUCUUACCCUGCGGACUCCAAGCUGAAGAAUGGUAAGUUAAGAAUCUUGUAUGAAUGUUUCCCCAUGGCUAUGAUUAUGGAACAAGCUGGUGGUCUGGCAGUUAAUGACAAGGGUGAACGUAUUUUGGAAAUUACACCAAAGGGUAUCCAUGACAAACUGGGUAUAUGGUUGGGAUCCAAGGGUGAAAUUGAUAAGUUUUUGUCAUAUCUUCCCAAAUGA